CUUGCGCCGUGAACAGACGUUCGUUUCGUAGAGUGGCUCGCACGCGAAUCCUCCGUCUUCGGUCUACCAUUGGAGGAGGAGCAGAGGAAGAAGGAGGAGGAAGUGGAUAAAAAAAACUAGUAGUUGAUAAUUGGUGUGGAGGGUGCGCGCGGCAAGGCACCUGACCAAAUUAGUGCUGGAAACAGCGGAGUAAAAUUCUCUGCAUUUGCGCAGGAAACUGUCGACGUGUCUCGUUUGAGAGGUUUGUCACUAGCCAGUGUCCAGCUCUCUGGAAUAUUCCUGCCGGAGGUAAAAUCAGUGCUGAGGCGGUGCUGCAGUUGAGGAAGUGUCGUGAUUGUGAUCACGUGUGUGAAGUAUACAAGUGCAUCAGGGAAAUUGAUCUACUGUGCACACAAAAGAAAGUCAUAAAAGUGCGAGAAAAGUGAUUCAAAGAUUCGAGGGUAAAAUCUUUCAGCCAUAUUUAAGUUGCUUAACUUUUCGCCUGUUAUUUUUAUCUCGCUUGAAUCAAGUCGCGCAGCAGAUACACCAGCAGUAAGAAAGAGCGCGAUAGAAACGUGAUCGGAAUGUGGUGCCUGUAAGGCCUACGACCCAGUGAGUGUAUUUAUUUACGGGUGUACGGGCGUUACACAAGUGUUGGUGUCUGGAUUAAAAGAGAUCUGAACCUCAGCCUCAGGAAUAUUUGUGUGCUGUGUGUGGUGUUGGGCUGCCUUCUCGUUCACCGGACAUUCUCGAAGUGUUUUUGGAUAAGUAGCUGCUGGUUUCGCACCGCUGGAUACCUGUUGUGUGACGUGGAUAGAUACGUACUGCCUUGUAACAGAAAAUAAAUAAGGGGAAGUGAGUGAAAGUUCAAGUUUUUUUUCGUCAGUAUCUGAAUGCUAAGAAGAAGCGAGUUCUUCUGAAGCAGAACUUCGACCGUUCAUAUGAAAGUACGAAACAUGGGAGACUCGACGCCAAUCUGUCGCUGUCGUGUUCUCUAUCUCGGUAGUGCCGUACCCCGUCAGAGUAAAGAUGGUUUGCAAGGUAUUCAGGAACCGCUCAGAUCCCUGUACCCUUCGGAAGGUGCAAUCGGUGCCAAAGGAAUCGAUUCGUGGCUAAGUGUUUGGUCUAACGGUAUCUUGCUUGAGAACGUGGAUGAGAACCGCAAGCAGGUAACGAGGUUCUUCCCGAUAGAUUCCCUGCACUACUGCGCAGCGGUUCGACAGGUUUUGAUCCCAGAACGGGGUAACAACAAUCCGGAACCGAAGUUCCUCCCGUUGGAUUCGCCAUUCGCGCGGACUCCCCGUGCCCAGCAUCCGCCAAUUUUCGCUGCUAUUUUGCGGCGAACAACCGGAAUCAAAGUACUCGAGUGUCAUACAUUCAUUUGCAAGCGGGAAGCGGCAGCCAAUGCACUGGUGCGCUGUUGUUUCCACGCCUAUGCAGACAACUCGUACGCAAGGCAACUUGAAGGGUCUGCCGGCAGCGGAAGUUCCAACAGUGUGUACGGUACGAUCGGCGGCAAAUCGAACGGUACGGCGGAAGGCGGCGGCUGGCGAUCACGCACUGGUAGCACCUCGACGCUCAACAGCGUUGGCGUCAAUAGUCGGCAGCAGGCACCAAUUAACGGCGUUGGUGAAGCGUACACAGUGAAGAAUCUGUAUGCAAGCAGCGCUGACCUCGAAGUAGUAGACGACGGCGACGGAAGCUCGUUAUACAACGGUGACGAGAAUCACAAAGUUUGGAACGGAUCCACCGACCAGCUGGACGGUAUCGGUGUGGGUGACAGUGGCCAUUAUGAUAUUUACUCUGGAACCGGGUCGACGCUGGGCCGUCCGGUCCGGGCUCGACAGAUCAGUGCUCCGAUACCGGUGCCGCCGCCACCGAAAGAGGAGCUGAAAAAGCUGAAGAAAGAAGCCAAGAAACAGUCCAAACAACAGCUACAACAGGUAGGAAGUCAAAGUCUAUCUGGCACGCUUAUUAGACCCCGACCAAUGCACAUGAAUCCACUAGGUCGACCCGGACCACCGCCGCCCCCCCUCGGAGGCCACGGAGGUCAUCCGGGCAUGAUGAUGUACUCGAUGGGACCGCCGCCUCCUCCACCGCACGGCUGGCGCCAGUUUCACACCAUCGGCCAUCGAAGUCACAACGGGUCCGGCAUGCCGCCAAUGAUGCACCAUCAGAUCCCGAUGCAUCCGGGAAUGCCCCCGAUGGCCGCCAUGGUACCCCCUCAGUAUGCAACCCUGCAGCAUCCUCGCAGCAGUAAGAAGAAGAAAGACAAAAACAAGAUGAACGGCGGUAUUCCGAUCGGCGUUCCGGUAGUACCUCCGAUCUUCGCGUAUCCUCCCCAACCCGGAUCAAUUCUCGAGCCACGACCACUUUCCAUGAGCAACCGAAAACUGGCCCAAUCAGCGGCCGCCGGACUGGAUGAGUCUGGCAACUCGGGAGCCGAAUCACCCGGUGGCACCGGCAUCUACCGGCGCAAGGGUCACCUGAACGAACGUGCCUUCAGCUAUUCCAUCCGACAGGAACACCGGAGCCGAAGCCAUGGCUCACUCGCUAGUCUACAGUUCAACCCGCCUGACAUGAAGAAGGAACGUGAGAUCGCUCAGAUGGUGGCGGGCCUGGAGCUGAGCGACGAAUCAACCCUGCAGCGGAGGCGAUCCGAAGUGAUGGCUGGCUCGUCCGGGACAUUCGGAAAACCGCGUAGAUGAAGAAGACGGUUGGCCUUCAGGUGAAAGGGUCGAUAGGUGGUGUACAGUUUUAACUUGCGAAAGGAUUGGAGUGACUGGAAUUCUUUGUUUAGUCUGUAUAUUUUUUUUCUUUCGAUGAGAUCAAUAGAGAGGAUUAGCAGGAUAAUCCUGAGUCUGAGGGUGUACCGCUGUGCGAUACAAUUGAUAUAUAAAAAGUAGGAGAGGGGGUGUGAUAAAAAACGGUGAAGAUUCAGUAUUUGGAAUGUUGAACAUUUGAUAAUUAUAAGAAGCUCUGAAGCAUAUAAAAUAUUUCAAUCUAGCGGCAUAUACAGAAUUAUUAAACCAAGUCUAAGUUUUUUCCCCAUUUAGUAUUGAACUAUUUUAACACUAUCUUUGGCUUUGGAAAUGUUUCUUUCACGAACGAGUUUCGAAAAUGGGAUUUUCGCAUUUCUGAUAGUUUUUCACACCCAAUCGCUGACACCUCACCGUUUUUUUACCGUUCACACCAAACAAUGAUUAAAUGUGCUAUAAUUGUCAAUAUCAUAACUCAGGAUCCAAUUACAAGCCCGCAUCAAUUUUAGUGUCAGUAUCAAUUUUCCACCAAAAUAUUAAAUUUUAUCUACUCUGGCGCAGAAACAACCGUUGAGAUUACUUAAAGAAAACAAAUAAUAAUGAAAAGAAAGAAGUACAGUUUAAAUCCGCUGCACUUAGCUCCUCCCGAUCGUUCAACCUUAGUUGGAGCAGAUCACUGAGUUUUAGUUCAUGAGUGUGUAGUAGUAAUUACCGCAGCAAUUAUUAAAAAUCAAUUACGAUAGCAAUCAUUACGGGAUUCCGUCAUACAGUACGCGCUUCCAACCAGAAACGCAUGCGGCGGCCAAGGCGGCCAGAAGGCGCGCUAGGAAUUCUCGGGCCAACAACCGACCAAAUCUGAAUGUACGAGUUUUAACGUAAGAAAGCAUACACAGACGAAAUACAUACACAAAAACAGAACACAUAUCGGUAAGCCUUUAAUAGUAGAGAUAUACGAGCAGUAAAUUGAACAUGAAGAAAUAAAACGUCGAAAUCGAAGAGGAGAAGAGAAAAAAAUUGAUGUGCCUUAUUAAGUAAUUAGAUAAUUUAAUUAUUUACAAUGAUCAUGUGUUGGGCAUCCGCAAGGCGCUGCCUUGAAGUGGAAUCAUUUUAGCUUCUAGUUAAACAAACGUAUGAACAAUAAGGAAACCUCAGCAUAAUCAACAUGUACUGCUGACAGCUGAAUUGUAGAGCGAAAAAAAGUUAAAUUUCAAGUAAAAAUUAUUUUUCUUAGUUGUGUACAUUUAAAAUAAUUAGAGAAGAGUCAAGAAAUAAUUGCGCUACCGAUAAUAUCGAAUACGCUGCCGCAGUAAACCGUAAGGGAGAAAAAAACCGAAAACCAAAAAGCUGUAAAACACAUUUUGACAGAUGGCAUCGUGUAACUUUUACCCGACGAAUUAAAAAAAAAAAAACAAACCGUUACAACUUCCUCUUUGGCUUCGCGUUCCAAUGAAGUAUUCAAAAGAAAACUUAGCCCCAGGUAUUGAUCACCCAAUUCAGAGCCUAAAGAUAUUUAUUUCUCCCUUUUGGUUUACUCUACAGUCUUCAACCCCGAGCAGUGGCGGCAGCGUCCGACAAAAACACCACUUUUUUUAAAUAACAGAUAACCUGUAUAAUUCCCCCGCCUCUGUACUAAUUAUUUUAAUAAAAUGUAAUUUUUAUUAUGAUACUAUAAA